AUGACUGUCAGCAUAUUUUUGAAAGUUACAGCCGCCUCUGCCGGCGCUGCCGUCAUAGUGUGCAUAACUAUGCUGAUCAUGCUGCUCUCAGAUUUCAAUCGAUUUAUUGACGAGAAACGCGGCGAGCUGGAUGAGUUCAAAUCGCUGGAACAAAAUGCCUGGAACUCAAUGGUCCCCGAGAAAUCGAUUUCUUUAUUCGGAAGAAUCAAAAGAAGCAACACACAUUGUAACUGCGGAGCUCAAUCUCAGGGAUGCCCAGCAGGACCACCAGGACCACCAGGACAACCAGGAGAACCAGGACAGCCGGGAGAGCCCCCAGGACCAGCGGGACCAAAAGGACCAAAUGGUUCACCAGGACAACCUGCGAAUGAAGGUGGACAAGGACCACCAGGACCGGCAGGGCCACAAGGAAACUCAGGACCUCCUGGAAAUCCUGGAAUGCCUGGAAGAUCAGGAAAUCCGGGACGGUCAGGACGACGAAGUCAUGGACUGUCAGGACCGCAGGGAAGAAGAGGAUUCCCUGGACGACCAGGACAACCAGGACGUCCAGGACAAGUUCCCCAGAGAGGGCCACCGGGCCCUCAAGGACCGCCAGGCAUUCCAGGAAGACCAGGAACUCGUGGAAACGAUGGGUUCGCGGGAGCCCCUGGAAAGGACGGUCCACCUGGAAGAGACGCAGCCUACUGUCCUUGUCCUAUGCGAUCUGCUUCUAGUCGAUAUCAAGGAUAA